AUGCAGAAGGAGCAAUCGCAGCUUGCCCGUGGCUGCCGUGAGCAAGGCUACAGCUCAAAGGAAGUCACUGUCGCGGCAGUGGAAGUACGCAAGGAGGAGAAGCCAGGUUUCGAGGAAUUGCUGCGCAAGCAAGCUGCACGAAGGACGCAGGAGAAGGUUGGAAGCCGCGAGGGGCAGAACGCGAAGAACGCUGUAGUGCCAGGUGCCAAAGCUGCGCCGCCACUGAGCAGGAGCCAUCAGAAGCCGGUAAAGGAGGAGCUUUCGAGCACAGGCACUCAAGGACCGCAAGGAGAAGGAGAAGGCACUGCUGCGAGCUGCUCCGUGACAUCUGAGAAAGAUUCGGCAGGGCUCGAGAUCAUUAAAGUGGUGGUCCACCUUCCGGGGCUAAGCUCAGCAGCAGAAGCUUCUCUGGAGGUCUCCUCGACUGAACUCAAGGUCGCCAGCUUGAGGCCUGACGUGCCUCACCGCAUCUGUGCGGUGCUCCCCACAGAAGUGGAGACCUCGAGCAGCACGGCCAAAUGGUCGCGACGGUCCCAGCAGCUCACGGUCCAGCUCAGGGCACUGCGGGGCACUGCGGGCCCGUGA